AUGCACCAGCAGAGCUACACUAUUGGGGCCGAGAACAGAGACAUUCUUGCACAGCUAGAGGCUGUCGAGCACGAAAAUUACGAGAUCACAGAGUAUCUCCGGCAAGAGCUAGAAGGCAGAGAUGAACAGAUUGCAGAGCUUCGCGCCAGGGUAGAGCAGCGCUUUGCUCUGAAAGAAGAGCAGCUGAGGCAAGCAAACGCCGCAUCGACAGCAGGGCUGCAUGAGGAAGUCGCAGGCUUGAGGGGCCAACUAGCAGUCUUGACGGAUGCGAUGGCAAAGCGCAUUGCUGCAGACGACGAGCUGGUGAAGCUGCGGACGCAGGCUGCGGAGGCGGACAUGCGCGCUCUGGAAGCGGCAAAGCGGGCUCGCGCAGAGGCGGAGCAGCGGGCCGAGGAGGCGCGCGGAUGGGAUACCGACGGCGCCGGGCUUGACGCGCGCGGCCGGCGGCUACUGCAGGAGAAUCACAGCAUGGUUGCAGAGCUGCAGCUGCACAUCUCGGAAGCGGAGGCCCUGCAGAAGGAUGUGAACCUGCUGCAAGCGGAGACGGGGCAGCUGAGGAGGGAUCUGGAGCUGAAAUGCGAGAUGGAAGUCCAGUACGCCCAGCGCGGCGUCCUACAGGCGAAGCGGCUUGGGGACGAGAGGGCGAGGGCGGCUUCGCUUGAGGCAAGCCUGGCGCGUGUGCUGCAGGAUUUUCAGCGCGAGCGCGACAUGCAGCAGGCGGCGCAUGCGGGCGAGCGCUCGGCGGCGCAGGCCGACAUCGUGGCCCUGCGGCGGCUGUCCAAGGCGCGCGGCCGAGCCCUGCACAAAGUGCGCUCGCUCGCGCAGGACGUGCUCCGCGGCCGCAGCGAUAUCGAAGUCUUCCUCGUCACCUCCCUGCGCAUGGUGAGGGAGCAGUUGAAGUGCGGCAGGCAGCCUCUCGGGUUGACAAAUGGAGGAGACGCAGGCUUGGAUUCUCAGCUCGGUGAAAACUUCCUGACAGGGAAACAACCUGACAUCAAGGACUGGUCAUGGGAGGACCGGGAGAAGGUGCUGCGGAUGUUGUUUGCCAAGAUCAAUGAGCGGCAGGCAAAGGAGAAAAAGCAGGCCGAGCUGCCACCACCGUCCUUUGACAGCGAUGAUGACGAAGUGGAUAAUGCUGCACCUCUCAGAGGGGUCGCCAAUCAUGCAGGGCCAGCCAGUCUUGUGUGA